AUGGACUCCCUUCCCACGGAGCUCCUAACCAUAGUCCUUCAUCAUCUCAAUGACAAAGUCCACGCACGAAAUGCGGCCAGCCACCUACCGGAGAGAUGGUGGUCCGGAUGCCUCGCAAGGUAUACAGUUGUUUCACGCAGAUGGCAAGCGAUUCUCGAACGGAUGAUAUGGAAGAAGAUAGUCCUACGCAAAUCAAACGCUCUGGAAAGACUGGAGAAGUACACCUCUGGCAAGCCACAUCGUAUGGCGAGAGUUAAAUGGGUAAGACAAAUUCUCUGGGAGGCACAUGUCAGUUUUGAGCUCGCACAGCGGCUUCGCGAAGCGAUGAAAAUCCAUCCCAUGGCGCUGGCUUGUAUUCUGCCGUACCAGUAUUACAGUUUAUAUCGUCAGAUAUUUGCAGGUAUUUUCCGCAUCUUAAGCCGAUGGGAGUCAACCUGCGACGAAUCGAUGAUUGAGCUGUUUCUUAUUGUGGAUCACUCUGUAUAUCUGGAGUCGUCCAUCCGAGAAUGGAAUUGGGAUUAUGAGGACGCCACUGUUGAAGACCUCUGGCGGAUGGGCUUGAUAGCCCACCUAGUGCAUCUCACGACACAAGAUGCUGCAGCAUAUCCAACACUUCACAAUGUCAGGUCACUCAGUCUUGAAACUGCUAUAACCAACAUGCGGCCUUCGGCAUUUUUUCAGCUUUUGAGCCGGUUGCCCAACGUUCGCCGUGUUUCAGCUGGAGAAAGCUUUUUCAUAGAACCAUUUGCACUCCGCGCCCUCCGCGAGGAAAGACAAAUGCUUGUCCAUUGCCUUACUCUAGUCCCGCCUUCGGUCGAAGAGUUCGAGUAUGAGAUUGCACUGGAACGAGAAAUGUCGGAGACGCCAGUUGACGAUGCAGCCAAUUAUCUCUCGGUAAGGGGGCUUGAUGAGCUCUCCAUUGCCUUUCGAACACUCUCCAUGCGACUGAGAGUCCUUCAUUUGACCAACGUACGGGUCAACUGUGAACUAUUUUGGGCAUCACCUGAGGAAGACAGGGUCGACGUUGAUACACUCCACUGGCCGGUGCUAGAGGUCAUUACAAUAACGGACACACCUCCAUAUACAGCAGACGGGAAAUGGAUUCUGGAAGUUAAUCCCAACAAAGAGCCAUUGAUGGAAAUGGAAGAUUUCGACAACGGAUGGGAUUACGAUGAGUUGGGAUUUGACGCACGGGGACUGAUUAGAAGUGACGAAGUCGACAAGCUCUACUCGGCAAUGGGCAAGGCUGCACAGAGAAUGCCACGGCUGAGAUACCUUCACUUCGGGUUCCGUGGUGAAACCACAGACUGGGAAGGCUUGAUAUUCUAUAGAAAUCUGGAGACACAAGAGGCUCGUUUAGUGAUCAACACAGACUGGGAAUAUGAUCUUGGAGAAGAGGUCACCACGGCCUGGGGUCUAAAGGGCGAAAAGGCCAAAGAAUUUCGGACAAGCUGGAUGAUCCAAUUCGAUCGCUGGCCUUCGGGAGAUACUGGCAUCGGGGAGGAGGAAAUCUCGGCACGUCCUAUCUGA